AUGAGUCUCUCGACCUCGCUUCCAACCGAACUAGUCCUACGAGUCUACGAGGAAUGUCAGACCUUCACAGACGUCGUGAACUUGAGUUCAUGUUGUGUAAGGUUAAGACAGAUCUGGAACGAAAACCGGGAUGUGGUAGCCUUCCCGGUAGCUUUGAAGGUUGUACCUGCCUUUGAUGAUGCCCUAAUUACGAUUCGCGCAACUGCUGCUGCGAAAUCCAACAUAUUCAACUAUGUCUUGAACAAGGAAACGCCUAAAGAGCCUGCUCUCAUCCCAUCUAGGUUCUCUUGCCAUCUCUCCAAACCUAAAUUCGCAGAAAUAAUGUCUACUUUAUCCCUUUUCACACUCAUUGAAUGCGCUUUACACCUCGCCCACCAUGGGGAUCCAAAUCAUCUGAGACGUCUGGGCCGGAACAUUGAAAACCGAACAUGGAGGCACGGUGUUCCUUAUAAGAUUAUACCAAGCGACCAGGAAUCAUCGUACGCCUUUAGGUAUCGUGUGUUCUCGAGCAUGUACCGAGUGUUCCUUGCGGGAGCAGUGCUUUCCUGGGUACAUAUAUAUCCAAUUAUUAAGGAAGACUCUCCGCUGAGAGAACGUUUCCUACCCUACCCUAUGCGGGCGCCUCAUUUCAACAUAUCCAACAAUGCUACGCCAGAAACGCCGCAUCUAUUACCAAAUCUCGAGCUAAAUGAACCUGAAAUUGCGUAUAUGCGGAGUUUUCUCCCUUUCCAGAUAUUCAAUCUCGCGAGGUCGCAGAUUCCGGUUCCAAUCACAUGUGACGGUUUCCUACCAUUGGCAGAGUAUCUUAUAGAAAAAGGCAAGGAGGAUAUUGAACUUCAUGAGCUCGGGCCACAGAGUCUUGAAAAUGAGCUUGUUGAGCUUGAAAUAACGGCCGAGGAUCAUAAACAUGGGACUGCCAUUCAGCAAUUUCUGAUGCUCCAGAGCGCAUACGAGAUUCUUCGUCGAUUAGUUGCGGAUGAGUUCUCUUAUGAUUCGCAUAUGGAUAGGGUGAAAUACUACCCUGAACCUUCUAGCUCAAAUUCUGGACACCAGGAUAAGUCAGGUAAACCCAUCGGGAAGAAAGAGCUCCAGCUCGAGCUGUUUAUGUUCGGAUGCUAUCAGCCAGAAAUAUUUACUUUCCCCUCAUCACUACAGUUUAUGGAGCCGACAACAUCAAUAUAUGCUAAGCUGGGAGCAUAUGGGCAGCCAUAUUCCGAUAGCUACUCAUGGGACACAAUUCCCAUCACAAAACUUAUCAACAACUCCCACCCCGUACCACAAAAUAUGAACCACAACUAUAUUAGGUUAAGUUUGGAUUCCUUGUUCACUUGUGUCUGCUUACAAAAGCUUCUUGGCGUUCUAGUCACCCUUUCCGACUGGGCUAAUCAAAUGUCUGUUAUGCGGGCGUUGUACAUGAUUGAAGGAAGAGCUUUUGGGGUGACAAGGGGGUUUGUGCCGAAACAGGAGUUGUUAAAAUAUCCGUUAGAGCUGGGAUCUCGAGAUAUUCUGGAGCGACAGAAGGCUAAAUAUUUCGAAAAAAAUUCUUAG